GCAGCCGGAGUAGUUUCAGGGAUCGGGAUACUCAGCUGCGAGUGGACUCUAAUGACACCAACCGGACAGGGCAGCCCCGGAGGUCCCUAACCGGAGCUUUUAAACGCUACAUUUCCCUGCUGACAUGGAUUAACUGGACCGGGGUCAGUGAGCUUCAAGCCCAGGCCCCCGCCCCCCCGCGGUGGCCAGGCGGCCUCAUGGCGUCGCGGCUGCUGGACCGUCUGAAGCGCUCGCUGUUUAAAGAAGGUCAGGCGGCAGGUCCGGAGCAGGAAGCAGCAUUUGGACAGAAGGAAGAGGAAGAGGAGGAGUUUAAAGAGGGCAGCUGGGAGGCGGAGCUGGAGGAGGAAGAGGAGUGUGUGACGGAUCGGCUCGGGGGGACGCUGUGCUUCGACAGCGGGGGAGUAGGAGGAGGAGGAGGAGGGGAGGAUGGAGCCGAGGGCGAGGGGUCGGGGCUGGACAGUGACUCCGACUUCCUGGGAGAGUCGAUGGAGGAGGGGCUCAGCAGCACAGAUGCCAGUCCUAUGGCCGUGUCUCCGGCCGGCCCCUCCGCCUCCCUCCUGCUGACUCGGCAGCUUCAGGAGAGCUGGAGGUCUCUGCGAGGGCUUGGGGGAGGAAGCCCCUCCUCGGCUGGGAGGCAGCUGACGGACAACCUGCUGUUUGAGGUGACCGACGCCAGCGUGGUGCAGGAGGGCUCCGCUAAAUACGUGCUGUACACCAUCCACGUGAUCCAGUCCGGCGGCAGCGAUAAGACUCCCGCCAUUAUCACUCGCCGAUACUCCGACUUCCAGCGGCUCCACGCCUUGCUGCGCCGUAACCACGGAGACCAGAUGGAGCGCGUCUGUUUCCCUCGAAAGAAGCUACGCAGGAACUUCACGGCGGAGACAAUCGCUAAGCGGAGUCGAGCGUUCGAGCAGUACCUGUCUCACCUGUGUUCCAUGUCUGUCCUGCGGGGGGCGCUGUGUGUGAGACAGUUCUUCUACCUGACCGACCUGCAGGCCGCUCAGCUGCUCAUCAGGGUGGGACGUUACCAGGAGGCCUUGGGUCCGCUGCUCAACGCCAAGAGACUGCAACACAAACUGGGCUGGGAGAUUUACUAUGAAAACCAGUCUCAGGCCCCGCCCCUGGCCUCCUCCCAUUGGUUCUUCACCCUGGUCGGGCUGGCGAGCUGCUUCCAGGAAGUGGAGCAGCUGGAGGAGGCGCGGGAUCACUGUGACUCCGCCCUCCGCGUCCUGACGCCCGCUGAGACUGAGGGCAGGUCCCUCCCACUCCAAGAUAAGCCCCACCCGCUGACUGAAAAGCCUGACAGGCCACACCCUCUCCUGUUGCCGUUGCUACAGGCUGGGGUUCGGAUGUCGUGGCAGACAGGCAGAGACAAGCGGCACUGGGAGGAGCUACUGCAGGAGGAGGAGCAGAGGGCGUUGCUCGACAACCAGCCAACCAUCAGAGAGUUUCUGGUCAAACACAACCUGCAGGAGGGCGAGGGGGAGGGCUAGACACACACACACACACACACACACACACACACACACACACACACACACACACACACACUGCAUAGUACAAUCACGAUGCUAUAACAAGAGUGCUGAACCCACUGUGGAAAAAAACAUCUGAGAUUUAGAGAAUAAAGAAGAAGUAAAUUAAUUAAUUUAAAAAAGUUGGAAUAUUUUGGGAAUUAACUCAAGUGAAAAUAUAAUUUUAAAUAUACAUUUUAAAAGUAAUUACUAUGACAGUCACGCCAUAGUGUUGUGAAUGAAUCCUUGUAUCAAACUUGGCUCUGAAAAUAUUUUGAAUGUUUAAAUAUUAAGACUCUGAAAGAAAGAAAGAGAUCUGCAAUGUGACUAAAAAGUUGUGAUUUUAAUCGACAGGGAUGUAAUAAUAAUAAUAAUAAGGUGGUGUAUAAUAUCACAAUAGAGAGAUUUAAAAAGUUAUCAGAUUAUAAGGUGAUAAAAUAUUUAGGUCAAAAAUACAUUUCAGAGGAAACAGUUACGAAGAAGCUCUGGGCUCGUUAUAUUAUAUAUCAGAGCGUUUUGUUUUCAAAAUCUCUGAUACCUUCUUCCUAAAAGCUGCCGUUAUGCUCCGCCUAUGCACCAUCAGUCAUUCAAUCAUACUUUGAAAGCCUUAAACCAGUUCAUUCAUCAUGGACGCGCUGAUUCUUCAGGACGUUUCCGUGGUUCUAUUCCAAAGUGCGAGCCGCUCGUAUAUUGUAUUACUUUAAACAAAGUAAAAAUGUAGUCACAAUGCAAGUUGGCACUUAAACAUCCUAUAGAAACAAACAGAUAUAUGAAGUAUAGCCUAUAAUGAGCAGAGGAAGGAUCACUAGUCUUCUUCUUCCCUGACUUUGUUGGUGUAUUAGAAUAAUUCCUGUGGUUAACACCACCUGCAGAUCUAAUGUGAAACCCUGAGAGAAACCCAGCUUCUACCUGGAGCAUUGUCUCUCUCUAGCACUUUUGAAGACAUACACUAUAGCCAGGACCGUUUACUAAAUAUCUUGCUUUGUUAUCAAGAGGACUCGAGGAUUGUAAUCAUUUAAUGCACUUUCUUUCAAAUGAUAAAGAGCAUCUUGGAUGUGUUCACAUGACAGUUUCAACAGUGAGAGAGGCAUUCAAUCAUCACUCAAACACUUUGCUCUCCGCUCACAGCAAACCAUCAGUAGGCUCAUAUUCACAAGGCCAAUUGUGCUGCUUCUUAGGGAUGAAUAUGUUUCAGUGUGAGACCUGGAGUGGAUGAGUGGAUAAGGGAUAGAAACAGAUGUGAACAUUCAAUUGUUUUACUAUCAUGUUGCGAGACAGGCGAUUAAUAAGGGACAAGAUGAAGGCACUUCCACUUAAAUGAGGGACAAUUAUAAAGCAAUUGAGCAGGAUUAAAUUUAAACUGACUGGAGACUACAGUACAAAUCCCUCCUCCAGACUUCAUAACAUUUAGAUGAUGGGAAUUCAAAUGUUUCGCUUCAAAUAUCCAUUUAAUGGACUGUGGGGAUGCUUCACAACCAGCAAUAUACAAGUACAGCAUUAGCACAUAUACAAGUAAUACUCAUUUUAUACUCAGCUUUGCUCGGUUUUCUAAUGUCCCGAUUCUUCUCGACGCUUCACUUAGUAAACAAUCUCCAUUUCUCCGACAGAAAUCAGGUCAUAGAAAUGGCAAUAUCGUGACGGUAAUUAACAAGCUGUUUUGCACAAAGCUACGGAGCCAAUGGGAUUCAUAUUGUGGUAAUACAUAUAUUUUAAAGUAAAAUGCACAACUUCAAGUAGAAUAUACAUCUGACGUUUGGAAUAAGAAACGCACUCAAAGUAAAGCAGCUUGUAAUUCUAAGUGGCUGCGUUUAUGUAAGGCUUUACAGUUUGAUGCUUUUAUUUUGAAGGUCAGAUGGUCAUGUGAUUGCUCUGUUUACAGCUCCAUUCAAAGACAGCAUUUCUUCUUGGUUACUAAAAAUGUAAACUCAAUGUGACUGCUUAUAAUAUUUAAGAGGAUGAUAUACCACAAUACAGAGCACAAAACAGGAAACUGAACCUGGACACUCCAUGUUUCGUGUCUCAGAGACGCUUUUAUUGGGGGUUUUUUGUGUCUGAUUGAUUUUGAGAGGCUCAUAUUUGUUUUUUGAUUUUUUUUAAGCCCAUAAAGUUUUAAUUAGGCCUCAUGCAAGAACUCUUAAAGGGACACUUCAUCCAAAAAUAGAUAUACACAUGUUUCUUCUUACCUCUAUUUAUUAAUCUAGAUUUUUAUGUGAAAACUUGUCUCGAGUUACUACGUCAUGUUUUCUUGAGAGAGACAUUGCUGUUGAGAUUUAUAAAAGAUAUUUAAUUCCUUAACCUUUUUCUUUGUUGAUCCGGUUUGCCCAUAAAAGAGCUCUAAGUGUGACUAAGCAGACACAACUUAUUAACUUAUUGAUUGAUGAAAAUGUCUAUUAUACUCGUUUUCAACAAUAUAUUAUAGGUCUCAGAUAUAUACAAAACAAGUCUCUGAAAUAUCAAACUGAUCAUGCAUCGUGGCAUCCCAUAAACCCCUCUGUUUCAGCCCUGUUCCAAGUGUGCUGAUUCUGUGUCUUUAGCUUUAAAUGCUAAUGAGCUGCUGCUGGCCACGCCCCUCUGCAAGAUGAUUGGUUGUUAAAAAACACAAUGAGUCACUAAGUGUUGAAAUCUGAUCAGCUCACUUUCAGAGGGUUUUUAUAAAGAUGGAUCAGGACAAAAAGAGAGGCGGUCUCAAACUAUUAUCACGGAGGGGACACGUGUUUAUGGAUUCAAGACGUUGCGCAAUAGGGGACCUUUUUAAAUCAAAGAACACGUUAUUAAACAAGAUGCACGUCUCAAACUAAAUAUGUUGGGUUUUAUUUAGUCUCUUUUUAUUAGAUUUUAUAUUGUGGUUUAACUUCAUAUGUAUUUAUAUUCAUUUCAAAUGGAAUAAAGGUGUUUUCCCUGAAAAACUCUAAACUUAUGAAAGUACAAAUCAGCCACUGUUCUGAUAAGUUGUUCUUGCAUGAAGCCAUCAAUAUGCCUGGAAAUGUUUGGACACAUUUUGGUGAAAAACUAAUAAUUGUAGUUGUUAAAUUCAUUUAAUGACAGCCUCUGGUGCUUUGUGUGCCUUCCUUUAAUGCUGCAUGUUUGUGAAAUAAUAACACAUCUUUUUGGUUUUCAUUCUGACUAAAGGUUUACAUGGUCAGCUCAGAAAUGGCCACAAACGGUUCAAAGUUCAUUUCCAAUGCAGUCUCUUAUUACGUUAAAAUAAGACAAACUCUGAUGUCAUUUAGUAAACUCCACUUCUUCACAUUCACCUUUUCAAGUGAAAGAAUGUUUACCUUUUUGAGUUUUAUGUAAUCAUCUGUUUUGUCCUUGUUGUGUUUCAGUUUGAGAAGUGUGUGUGUGUUCAGAUGCAUUUCCUCUGAAAACCAAACAUCAUUUAAACUCCAGUUUACCACAAACAGCUCCCGUCUGUGAAAAGCCAAACUCAUUUCCACUCCGGUAACACUUUAAAGUCCUCUUCCCCCCAGUGGGGAGGCAGCCCGUCUGUCUGUGUGGACAUUUUUUUACGAUAUGGAUUUAGCAGAACAUCUUCAUGGAGCGAUAUACAAGUAUAUUUUUCAAGUAUCUUUUCUGUAAUAAAUGUGUUUAAAAAAAA